AUGCGUCCUAAUCGCCCACGCGUUCUACGUUUAGCUUUCGCGCCAAACUGUCCUCAACCGCGCGCUAGUUAUAACCUAAACCUGCCAAUCCUCGUUAUGGAAUUGGAAAACAACGAUAAUAUGCUACCACCUGACAGGAUUGCAGAAUGCAGAAGUUAUGAUUGCAGUAAUGCGUUCUCGUUAGAGCACAAUGCACCAGGCAGCAGUGGUGAAGUCAGUCACCCCGUCCUAACGGGGCUCGCCCUUACUCGCUUGCAACUCGCGAACUGCACUGCCGUCAUCGCGUCGCAAUUGUCGUGCAAACGCUUACUAAUGCUUUUCCAACUGUAUUCUGAACGCGAACAUGGACUUAGCAAAAAACCCCUCAGAACCAAACUCAAGAACAAAAUAGAAAUUGACCCAAAGUUAUUUCUACGAAACGGGCACAUUACGAUAAUGAGGUCCGAACACAGGCACCCCGCUGUCGUAUAG